AUGCAGGCGCCGGCACCUGAGCGCAAGCCGCGCACCUUGGGCACGCUGGUGCUGGGAGUGGCCGGCCUGGCCGCCCUGCUCCUAUUGGCGGUGGCCCACAGCUCGGCUGGCAGCGUUGGCUACCUCUCCUCGCCCUCCCAGCUCGUGUCCACCCUCACCGCAGCCUCCCUUACGGGAAUGGACGAGAAUAACUGCGUCGCUGUGUUCAACCUGGACCUUGAAUACUCCGACGACGAUGCUCUGCUGGACUGGGAGCAGUAUGCGGGCAUGAACCGCGUGCGCUGCUGCGGGAUGGACUGCUCGCGCUCACCCUUUGCCCGCUGCCUGCAGCCGCCGCAGUGGUGGUACACCUACACCAAGAAGCAGCGGCGGUGCAUGGUGGGCACGAUGGUGGGGCUGGGCGUCCUGCUGGCCACGCUGGUGGCGCUGGUGGCACUGGCGGCGGUGCGCGGCGGGCGCGGGCCCAGCGACAGCGCCUGGCACACGGGGGACCCCAUUGCCGACUCCCUGGCCUCGGCGGAGGAGCUGGAGCUGUGCAGCUGGGCGGGGUUCAGGCUACCGAGGACCGUGGUACCGCGGCAGUACAACCUCACCCUGGAGGUGGCCAUGGAGGGGGACUACGGGGUGCAGGGGUCGGUGGGCAUCGAUGUGGACACGCUGCAGGCCACACGGUGCGUGGUGCUGCAUGCAGCGGACAUGGAAGUGGUGGAGGUGCGGCUGGGAGGGCCCGAGGGCACCAUAGGGCGCAUGAAGGCCAGCAAGGCGCAGCAGCAGGUGAUCCUGGGCUUUGAUGAAGACCUGCCGCAGCCGGCGGCGGCCCUCUUCAUCACUUUCAAGUACAACUUGAAGGAAGGGCUCAGCGGGUUCUACAGGAGCAUUUACAAGCUGGCUGACGGAGAGGCUCGCAGCCUGGCCACCACGCAGUUUGAGGCCAACUCCGCGCGGCUCGCCUUCCCCUGCUUUGACGAGCCGGCCUUCAAGGCUGUGUUUAACACAGAGAUCAUCGCGCCUGCCCACCUGCAAGUGCUGUACAACACCCCGCCGCGGGCCGUCCACACUCACGAGCACAAUGUGGAGGAGGGCACCCGCACCUGGCACUUCCUGCCCACACCCGCCAUGAGCACCUACCUGGUCUGCUUCAUCAUCGGCGAGUUCACCAGCACCAGCCGUGUGGUGGAGGCGGGCGCCAGCGGUACCGUCAACGUCAGCGUGUGGGGCACGCCAGACAGGGUGAACAACCUGCAGUAUGCUGCGGAUGCCGCCGCCGCCAUCCUUCCCGCCUACGAAGCCGCCCUGGGCGUGCGCUUCCCGCUUCCCAAGCUCGACCUCGUGGCCAUCCCUGACUUCUCGGCUGGAGCCAUGGAGAACUGGGGCGUGAUCACGUACCGCGAGACGGCGCUGCUAGCCAGCAACACCAGCAGCAUCCUGGACCUGCGCUACAUCGGGCUCGUGGUGGCGCAUGAGAUGGCGCACCAGUGGUUCGGCAACCUGGUCACCAUGGACUUCUGGGGCGAGCUGUGGCUCAACGAGGGCUUUGCCUCCUACUUUGAAUACAUCGGCGCCACCGCGGCCCACCCCGACAGCGGCUACUUUGCCACCUUCUACUCCGACAACCAGCCCCGGGCCCUGUACUUCGACUCCAAGCGCAGCAGCCACCCGCUGAGCGUGGAGGCGGAGACGAUGAACAGCACCAACACGAUUGAGUCGGUGUUUGAUGCGGUGAUGUACCAGAAAGGCGCCAGCGUGCUGCGCAUGCUGCGUGCCUGGGCGAUGCGCGGCAGCAAGGAGAUGCCUCUGCCCAUGUAUGAGACCACCCCAGGGGCCACCUACGACCAGGCGCGCUGUGGUGUAAUGUACGGCGCCAUGCAAUGCUCAUGCCUGCAGGACCGCUUCCUGGCAGGUCUCAAGCACUACCUGGAGCAGCACGCCUACAACAACACCCGUGCCCCCGACCUGUGGGCAGCCCUCGCUGGCUCUCUGGGCUUUGAUGUGUCCGCCGCCAUGCAGCAGUGGACCUACCAGCAAGGCUACCCCGUCGUGACUGUGAGCGUGGACGACCGCCGCCGGGUGUGGCUGCAUCAGGCGCCGUUUGGCCUGCAGGGCGUGUCGGCCUGCGACUCCACUGCCGCCUGGUGGAUCCCCAUCAGCUACGUUACCAGCGACAAGCCGCAGCAGCUGCGCUGGACGGAGCUCAAGGGCUGCCAGAGCAGCAAGCCGCUGCUGACGCUCAAGAAGGGCAGCAAUGCCUGGGUGAAGCUGAACGGGCAGCAGUAUGGGUACUACAGAGUGGACUACCCCACGCCCAUGUGGACGGCACUGGCAGAAGCCGCCAAGGCAAAGGCCGGCAGCGGCGACGCCAUGCUGCUGUCAGGCACCGACCUGGCAGGCCUGAUAGAGGACAGCUACUCACUAGCAGAGGCAGGCGGGGGCCUCAUCACUCCCUUCCUCAACCUCCUCACGGCGCUGGAGGCGCAGCCGCCCCAGGACUACGAGCCCUGGGCGGCUGCCCUGCCUUACAUCUACCAGCUGGAGCGCCUGCUGCCCUGCUACACAGACUGGCAGGCGUGGGUGCGUGACGGCCUGCUGCACAACUACCUGCGCCAGCAGGUUGGAGGGGCAGGCGGCAGCCAGAACGCCAGCUCCCCGAACCAGAUGCUCUUUCGCUUCGCCGCAACAGAGACCAGCGUGCCCGCUGAGCAGCAGACGAUAGGCUACCGCCUGCUGAGGCCUGCCAUCCUGAGGGCUGCGGGCCUGUUUGCAGAUACAGGCAUCAAGGCCGCGGCAGCCAACCUCUUCACGCAGCUGGAGGGCGCGGAGGGCGCUCCGCCGGAGGAGGCGCCGCCAAACACGCUGGACGCCGACAUCCGGGAUGCGGUGUACCAGAGCGCGGCGCGCACCGACAUCUACGAGGUGUACCAGCGGCUGCAAGACAUGUACAAGCUGGCCACGGAGGCGGAUGAGAAGGAGCGCACGCUCAUGGCCCUGGGCUACGCGCCCGGCGGCAGCCGCGUGCAAGCCACCCUCCAGUUUGCCCUGUCGGAGGAUGUGCGGGCCCAGGAUGCGCGCCUGGUGAUAGUGAAUGUGGCGCGCAACGGCGGGCACAGCGCGCUGGGCCUCACCUGGUCCUGGCUGGGCUCCAACUACAAGCAGCUGCUGGCCAAGCUGGGAGACGAUGAGGAGGCGCUGCGGCGGGUGGCCCAGGUGGCGGAGGGCGUGGCCUCGCUGUUUUCCAGCACCGAGCGGCAGCAGGAUGUGGAUGCCUUCUUUGGGAGGUUCAAGGACAAGCAGCUGGACCCUGGGUAUGCGGCACGCACCAAGGAGAGCAUCGCCGCCAAUGCGCUGUGGCUGGAGAAGCACGGCGACGAGGCGUGCGCCUGGGUGGCGGCGCGGCGGCAAGGCGGCGGAAGAUAGCGGCAGCCAUGGCAGCAGCGUGCACGUGCUUGCACUGUGAGGAUGUAAUUGUCUGCG